AUGCCUCUCUUUUCGCGAAAGAAAGACAAGUUGAAGAAGAACGAUAAACCGUUGACCAAUGGCAAUGCAGUUUCUAAACCGAAGUGGGAGGAUGCGUGGCAGCGGACAAGAGUCGACCCAGAAGAGGUCGUCGAACUCUUGCACUGCUGUACAGCAGAGAUAAAAUCACGAGCUCUCGAUGUACCGUUCCUUCUACUACCAUUUCGCCCGUCCUCGGAUCCUAGUGCGGCUAAGACAUUCAUUCGCAAUUUCUUUUUUCCUGUGGUCGAGCGCCAAAAGUUGACAGGUCACGUACUGACGAAAGAGUUGAGAAUGACUGAAGUGAUGGUCAUUGUGGCAGUAAUGAAGUGGUGCUGGGCUCGGCUACCAGGCGGUAUUGUGACGUGGGAAGCAUAUCAAGGCUUCAAGGUCGGAGAAAAAGACUCCAGGUAUGCAAGGAACUCGUUCAGCACGUUCAUUCCUCUUGGCGUAGAUUCGAAGGCCAGAGUACAAAUCAUUGUUGAUUACUUCGACCUACUAGCUGCUUUGGCUGCGCACGGGAAAACCAACGGUCUCGGCGGUCACAAGUUGUCACGUUUUGGUGGUUGGUGGGCAUUCGAGCAUUACGAUACCGGCAAAGGCUUCGAUGCAGGAUAUAAGUUGUGGAACAAUGCAGCCAAUGCCACAAGCCACUUGUUCUUCGCAUAUUUGAGGGGCCAGACACCUGAACCUGGUAGCACGAACGGCAUACUCGACCUUCCACGGUCAUUGCAGCAGCUGGUCGAUUCUGUCGAAUAUCCUCCACGUUCAAUCUUUAUUGCUAAUGAUACAACUAAGGUCGUCAUGAUUGUCGAUGUGGUGUCACCUACGCCAUUUGCCCUAUUGCGCCGGGCUAAACAGUUUGAAUAUCGAGACGAUGAUAUGGCCCUACAGCAUUUUGCCGCGUUCGAAGAUCCUGUCGAUGCUCUUACCGAAGAAUGUCGUCGUGUUCUACGCGCAAUUUCUUCGACUAAUCAGUCACACGUAUCUGAUGCAGCGACCUCGACAAGUCUUAAAGAUCCUUCCUGGUCCCGCUUCGAAGAUAUAGGAUUUGGCAGCGCCUUUGGGGACAACAACGAAGAUGCCUUGUUCAGCAAGAGUAGAUCUUCAACAGCUCAAGGUCUGCAUUCGACCUCGAGAUCUGGUGUGACUGACCUAAAUCGACCCACUACACCUUCCUGGGCCGACUUCUUGUCGUCAGGAUUUACAGACGAGAAUGGUAACAAGGCAUCAGCUCCUGUUCUGCUUCCUCCUGACAAAGCGUUACCACCCAUGACAACCGUACCUCGAGGUCAGAGUUCACAAUCACACAGGAGAGAUCUCGACACAAGCCGCCUUGAACCAGGUGAACUCGCUAGCAUCGCCAAGAUAGAGCUAGACGAUGCUUUUUGGUGGGUUUGGAUCAGCAGUUUGGCAGGUGAGGAGCCGGUCUCCCGAAAAGCUGCCUUUGGCAGAUGUGCACUCAUAGAAACAUCGUUGCUUGGUGGCCAGUGGAUGGUAAUGGAGGAGCAGGUCAAAGGCGCCGCCCCUGAGCCAGCUCCUGGUGCCUACGUUGCUGAGCGCAAAAGUUUCUUCAGCUUCACCAAGAAAGGUCGCCUUAACAGGCGAAGAUCAGCCCUCAAGAAGAGCCCGCUAGUGGACGACAAACCCUUAGAUCCAUCCAAUCGAAUGACACUGGACCAGGACCGGCAGGCCAGGAUUCAGCAUGCCGCAGCAGAACUGGCCAGGAAGAACAAAGAAGAACAACUACAAGCUUUGAAUCAGAGAAGAGGUCGGACAGAUGAAAACGCUUCUGUUAAAACCACUAGUGUCUUCACUCUUGGCCCGCUCAUCAAAGACGAAGCUUCUCCUGCCUUGCAGUGGGCGAAGCAGUAUGAUAAGAAGGCCAUCCGUGAGCAGUACCUUGGCAAUCAACUUGCUGGAAAGGGAUCCACAGAUUUCUUGACGCUACCGAGUGGCGGCUUGAGCAUAAAGCGAUCUGCUUCGACGUUGUCAAGCAGCAAGGAUCUGCCGCCAACUCCCGAAAACUUUGUGACGCCCUCACAAGAAAUCCCGUUCACGCUGCAAACAGAAUCAAAGCCUGUGGCAGAGUACCCUGUUUCGCCGUCUCCUAUACAGGAACAGACUGUCACACAAGAACAGCCUGUCCCUGUGGUGGUUGCGAACACUAUACCAGUUGAGCCAGCCAUCGUUGCUCCAGUUCAACACUCUAUUGAUGCAACACUAACUCAGAAGAAUCCUUCCGUUACUGAUUUGUCCGUUGCUCAAUCGAAAACUAGUAACGAGUCCAAACGAUCAAACAAGUCCGAUAGAGAGAAACUAAAUACGGAGAAGAACCGUCUUAAGAAGCUUGGCUUUAAUGCUCCUCCUCCUGUUGGCACUAACAAGAAUGCUGGUAUGAAGAAGCUUUUCGGCACAUUACGCAAGACCAAAGGUCCAUCCAAUAACAAAUUGUCGCCAGAAGUCGAAGAUGAGGACCCUGCUAUUGCUGCUGCUAGGCGAGCUCUCGAGGGCAAGCCUCCACAGCCUGGUGAUGGCCCUGUGUCCCCACCACUGAGUCCAAACCAUUUUGCGAAGUUGCAAAAUGCUGCUAAGAAGCCUUCAGAAAUGGCAACUUCUUCGGAACCAGAACAGAUUGCAGAAUCUACCACGACAGCACCUGAACCUGUCGUUUCAACUCGAACCAUUGAUGCGCAGAGCCACGAGCCCGUGCCAGAGCUGCAGCAAUCUCAGAACCACGAGCCUGAAAAAGUAGACUCAGCUCCAUACCUCAAUGGGUCAGCAGUUAAUCUACAUGAUCGUCGACUCGACAAUUUUGAGGAUCUUUCCCAAGUCGAUAGCCACGAAAGAGCACAGGCAGCACAUGAGUUCUCUCGCUUCGAUCAAGGCCCGCUCGUUGACCAGCCUGCGUUUGCUCCCGCAGAUGCCGAGCAAGAGGACGAGUACGAAAAAAACGAGGCACCAGCUUUCGAGCCGCCACACCGACCACAACACACGUCGGUGUACUCAGCUGUCACAAUGCAGACCGAAGCCACGGAUGAAGACUUCCAGGUCGAUCCUAUGCAAAACAUGAGCGCACAUGAUCGAUGGGCACAGAUUCGACGGAAUGCUGCCGAGAGAGCAGCACGAGCAUCGGAUGAUCAUGCCCGCAGUCGAACCGAAACCAGAACCACUGAUGAUGGCGAGACUAGUGGCGAAGAGAGUGAGUGA